CUCCCAACGAGCUCCUUCCGUGUAUUCUCCGUGACCACUCAAGAUGUCGGACCAGCAGCUGGAUUGCGCGCUCGAUCUGAUGCGCCGUCUCCCCCCGCAAAAGAUCGAGGAGAACUUGACUGGCCUCAUUGAUCUGGUGCCUUCUUUGUGCGAGGAUCUGCUUUCCUCCAUUGACCAGCCCCUGAAGCGUGCCACAGAUCCCGAGUCUGGCCGUCACUACCUGCUCUGCGAUUACAACCGCGAUGGUGACUCCUACCGCUCCCCCUGGUCCAACCAGUACUAUCCCGCCAUGGAUGACGGCGUUGUUCCCAGCCCCGAGCUGCGCGAGCUCGAAAUUCAGGCCAACAACGCCUUUGACUCUUACCGCGACCUCUACUAUGAGGGUGGCGCCUCUUCCGUGUACCUUUGGGAUACCGAAGAGGAUGGCUUCGCCGGCGUGGUCCUCAUCAAGAAGAUUGGUGAUGGCUCCAAGAAGAUCAAGGGCUGCUGGGACUCCAUACAUGUGUUCCAGGUCCUCGAAAAGUCCAACGGCCGCAACGCCACCUACCAGCUCACCUCUACCGUCAUGCUUUGGCUCGAGACCAACAAGGACGGCUCUGGCCUGAUGCAGCUCGGUGGAUCGCUGACCCGCCAGGCCGAGCAGGACUGCACCGUUGAUGACAACAACCCUCACAUUGCCAACAUUGGUCGCAUGAUUGAGGAUAUGGAGAACCAGAUGCGCAGCGUUCUGAACCAAAUUUACUUUGGCAAGACCAAGGACAUUGUCAAUGAUCUGCGCUCCGUCAAGAGCCUCAAGGAAGCCCAGUCCCACAUGCAAAUGCAAAAGGAUAUUGCGGCUGCGCUCACUCUGCGCAACAAGAAAAACUAGAUUUCCCCUGCUGGUCGAGCUGUCCUUCAAAGCCC